AUGAAGUUACUUCCUCUUUUAAGCGUUAUUACUGCAGUUUCUUGUGCCACCGACUUGCAAGAGAAAUGGGGAAGCCUUUGGCAAUUUCAAGGCAUAGCUACUUUUGCACACUUGGACCAUGUUCAAUGUCUAAUUGACCGUGGUCAGAUGUUUGAUGUUGGAAUUAUUGGGGUACCUUUUGACACGGCGGUAUCUUAUAGGCCAGGCGCUAGGUUCGGUCCAAGAGCUAUUAGAGAUGCUUCUCAGCGCCAGUACAGUUUGCGUGGGUUCAACCAUAGGGCAAUGUUUAAUCCAUAUAAAGCUUGGGCCAGAGUUGUUGACUGUGGAGAUGUUCCGGUAACUCCAAUGGAUAAUAAAUUGGCAUUUCAACAGAUGGAUCAAGCUUUUGAGGAAUUGUUGUGGGUUGGAGAUUCAGUAGAUGAAAAUCAAGUUCCACCUAGAUUCAUCAUUUUAGGAGGUGACCAUUCUGUCUUGUUGCCACAUAUUAGAGCUUUGAAUAAGGUUUAUGGUCCUGUUAACAUUUUACAUUUUGAUGCUCAUUUGGAUACGUGGAAACCAGAUAAAUAUCCAUCAUUUUGGCGUACUGAAGUUAGUGAUGUAAAUCAUGGAUCAAUGUUGUGGAAAGCAUACGAAGAGGGAUUGACCACAAAGAACAACGUUCAUGCGGGUAUUAGAACCAAACUAUCUAGUCUUGCUGAUUAUGAGGAUGAUGAUGCACAAAACUGGUUGCGAAUUGAGGCUGAUGAUAUCUGGUUAAAGGGAGCCGAUUACGUUGCUCAGCAAAUCUUGAAGAGAAUUCCAAAAAACACACCCACUUAUAUUUCUGUUGAUAUAGACGUAUUGGAUCCAGGAUUUGCCUCUGGAACUGGUACAAUGGAAUCAGGAGGUUGGUUACCAAGAGAAUUGAUCCAUAUUUUACGUCAAAUUGAUAGCUUAACUGUUGUUGGUGCAGAUGUUGUUGAAGUUGCACCUGCAUACGAUUUUGCUGAAGUAACUGCAACAAAUGGAGCACAAGUUGCCUUUGAGCUUUUGACUAGUAUGGUCAAAAAAGGACAGCUUGAUAGUAAGUUGGUAAAGAGAAAACUUUUCAAAAACGUUGCAUGA